CACACGGAGGAGCUGUGUCGCUCACACACAUCCUGUCGUCUCCUGUUUGCUGCUACCUGGGCGGGAGCAUCAUCUCAUGUCAGAGCUGACAUGACGGCAGGUUUAGAGGAAUUUUAGUGGCUGUUUGACUCACAUGGAGCCAAUGUUUCGGUGUGUGUACUGGAGUGGAUGACGCCUGUUGAUCGGCCUGUAGAUGCAGCACUGGUGCAGGGUAAGAGGAAGAGGGACUCUUAUGUCAGAGUUUUAGGAUGGCCAGUGAAGGCUCCACUAUUCCCAGCCCUGUUGUCCGCCAGAUUGACAAGCAGUUCUUGAUCUGCAGCAUAUGUCUGGACCGCUACGAGAACCCCAAAGUACUGCCCUGCUUACACACCUUCUGUGAGAGGUGCCUGCAGAAUUACAUCCCGGCCCACAGCCUCACAUUGUCGUGUCCCGUGUGCCGCCAGACCUCGAUCCUGCCGGAGAAGGGUGUGGCGGCAUUGCAGAAUAACUUCUUCAUCACCAACCUGAUGGACGUGUUGCAGCGGGCGCCGGACAGCUGCAGCCAGGAGGCCGCUGCUCUCAACAACAUCACCACUGUGGCUACAGGCCAACUGCUCUCCUGCCCCAACCAUGGAGGCAACGUCAUGGAGUUUUACUGUCCGCCUUGUGAGACGGCCAUGUGUCAGGAGUGUACCAGUGGAGAACACGGAGAACACCCAACUGUGCCUCUGAAAGACGUAGUGGAACAACACAAGGCCUCAUUACAGGACCAGCUAGAUGCUGUCAAGAAGAGGUUGCCAGAGAUCGACUCAGCACUGCAGACGCUGUCAGAGAUCCUUCAGCAGCUGACCAAUCAGAAGAGCUCCAUCGAAGAUGACAUUCACACUACCUUUGAUGAGUUGCAGAAGACUCUGAAUGUCCGCAAGAGCGUUUUGCUGAUGGAGCUGGAGGUCAACUACGGCCUCAAGCAGAAGGUGCUCCAAGCACAGCUGGACAGCCUCCUGCAGGGCCAGGAGGGCAUCAACAGCAGCUGUAACUUCACCGAGCAGGCUCUGAGCCACGGCACCGAGGCCGAGGUGCUGCUGGUGAAGAAGCAGAUGAGCGAGCGUCUCAUCGAGCUGGCCAGCCAGGAGCUUCCUCUGCAGCCCGGAGAGAACGACCAGUUGGACUUCCUCGUGGAGACAGACGGACUCAAGAAGUCCAUCCAUAACCUGGGCACUAUUUUAACGACUAACGCUGUGGCCUCUGAGACUGUGGCCACAGGUGAGGGGUUACGGCACUGUGUGGUGGGUGUCCCCACCUCCAUCACCAUUACUACUAAGGACAAAGAUGGAGAGCUGUGUAAGAUGGGAAAUGCAGUCAUCACUGCUGAAAUGUCCUCACCUGAUGGAAGCAGAGGUGAAGGGGAGAUACUGGACAACAAGAAUGGCACUUAUGAGUACCUGUUCUCAGCUCCUAAGGAGGGGACUUUUAAUUUAUCACUGCGUUUAUAUGACCAUCACAUCAAAGGAAGCCCCUUUAAAAUAAAGGCCACCAAAUCCAUAGAUGUGUCACCAACUUCAGAUGGCAUCAAGAAGAGGCUGAAGUCUCCGGGCAGCGGUCACAUCAAGCAGAAGGCCAUCAAGAGGCCGGCCAGUAUGUACAGCACCGGGAGGAGGAAAGAGAACCCCAUCGAGGACGACCUCAUCUUCAGGAUCGGCACAAAAGGAAGAAACAAAGGGGAGUUCACUAACCUGCAGGGAGUGGCCGCCUCCGCUAUGGGAAAGGUGCUGAUAGCAGACAGCAACAACCAGUGUGUCCAGAUUUUCUCCAAUGACGGCCAGUUCAAAAGUCGUUUCGGCGUGCGAGGCAGGACUCCGGGUCAGCUGCAGCGGCCGACUGGAGUGGCCAUUCACCCAAAUGGUGACAUCAUCAUUGCAGACUAUGACAACAAAUGGGUCAGCAUCUUUUCAAGUGAAGGCAAGUUCAAGAACAAGAUUGGCUCGGGGAAGCUGAUGGGCCCUAAAGGUGUGUCGGUGGACAGGAACGGUCAUAUCAUCGUGGUUGACAAUAAGGCCUGCUGCGUCUUCAUCUUUCAGCUCAACGGCAAGCUUGUCACCAAGUUCGGUAACCGUGGCAACGGCGACAGGCAGUUUGCAGGUACACUCAAUGGGCCUCAUUUUGCUGCUGUCAACAACAACAAUGAAAUCAUUGUGACAGAUUUUCACAACCACUCAGUCAAGGUGUUCAACACAGAAGGAGAAUUCUUACUGAAGUUUGGUUCUAAUGGUGAGGGCAACGGCCAGUUCAACGCCCCAACAGGAGUGGCAGUGGAUGUUAAUGGAAACAUCAUAGUAGCGGACUGGGGCAACAGCAGAAUACAGGUGUUUGAUGGCAGCGGUUCAUUCCUGUCCUACAUCAACACAUCAGCAGACCCGCUGUACGGCCCGCAGGGACUGGCUCUCACCUCUGACGGACAUGUUGUGGUUGCAGAUUCUGGCAACCAUUGCUUCAAAGUAUACCGCUACCUGCAGUAGCCCUUCUCUCUCAGCACACAAAACUGUAUAGUGUAUAUAUACACACACACACACACACACACACACACACACAGACAGACACAUGAACUCAUUAGUGUGGAGCGAUUAGCAGAUUUGCACUCAUCCACUCAACUAUUCAUCUUCGAGUCAUGCCGUCGUUGUGCCAUCUGGCUGUGACGUCCUGUUUGACCUCAGACGCUGAAGAAACAGCAGAGGGAAUUAUCUGUCUGUUUUGGUUUAAAUGAAGUGAGAGGAUGUAUGAUAUUUUGGUUGGUUCUUCGAGGAUUCAUUCACAUUCACAUUCCAUUUUAAUGACACCAAUUUAAAUCUUUAGUAUUGUAUAUAUGUUAGAUAUUUGAUUUGCUGUGAUAUGGCAAGAAAACUGGAAAAAUUAAGCUAUUGCACUUGUUUCUAAAAAUAGUGGUUGGACACUGAGUCAAGUUAGAUUUAAAUUAAAGACAUAACGUAGUCACCUGAAAACUAAUGGGAAAUCUAUUUAUAGCUCCAGUGACUGCAGCUUCCUGUUAAAAGUUCUUAAGAGUCCUCACUGUUGACUCACUUUUGCCUGUUCACUAUAAAAGAAAAGUAUCCCACCUACUGUAGGUUGCAGGGUAUUUUAGAGCAUGAUUAGGCAUUUCUGUGCAUGUUUUUACUAAUAAACACCAGACAAGCUGACACUUAACAAAAUCACUAAAAUAAACUUUAAUUGAAAGCACUGUAUACUAAUAUGUCAGUGUGAAAACAACUAGUCAGUGUAAUUUGUCAUCACUUUGAAUCGACACACAUGGUUAUUAAAGUUUGCUGAUAACUUCUGCUUAAUUGGUUUACAAGAAAACAGUAUGUUAGUGUGUGCAAGACAAGUGUGAUUGUGUGUAUGUUGUGUUCAGUUCAGCUAAAAAACAAAAGCCACUUGAUAUGUCGUCUUAUAAAUCUGCUGUUAUUAUGUGCAAACAUCUUAGACUUUAUUGCAGAAUUUGAGUAAACAGAAAAACAUUGUGAAAAAUAACUCAGACACAGUGAAAAGGUUGAUUCAUCAUGCUUCAAUGCAGAUUUAGUCAUAUGCAGAGCUGUGAUCACCUUCACUCCUUGCCAUGUGCUCUUAUGUCGUUCAAAAAAUCUGUAGAGCUACUAAUUGGUAGUAUUUUAGAAUAAACUAUUUGUCUACUCUCCAUAAAAGAUGCAAUAUAUAGUUCAACAGUUGAGGUGUGUGAUGUAAAAAAAAAAAAAAGCACUGUGCUCCAAUUAGAAAGCCUUAGUCAAAAUUAAUUUGUCCUCAAGCACACAGUUUUCAGAACUUGUUAUCCUGAAUUAGGUCAUCGAUUUUCUACACAAUCCUUAUAAAUUAUUUGUUUCCAUUGUCUUGUUUAUAUUUGUAAUGCCAAAUGGAAUUAAAGUGCCCAUAGGAAAGAAAA